AUGGAUCCAGGGCACUCUCUUCCCCCUCCUUUCCACACAACAAGAGAUCUCCAUCCUCACCAACAUCAAUUCCACACUUUAGAAGAUGAGCAUAGCGGAAGCAGUGGAGGCCUAAACCUUGUGCAGAAAAGGGAAAGGGAAGAAAACAACAACAACAACAACAACAAUGGUAGCGAAGGUGAGAUAACAAGAAGACCUCGAGGAAGACCAGCUGGAUCAAAGAACAAACCGAAGCCACCAAUUAUCAUAACUCGUGACAGUGCAAAUGCUUUAAGAACCCACGUGAUGGAGGUAGCAGAUGGUUGUGACAUCGUGGAAAGCGUUUCCAACUUCGCGAGGCGGCGCCAAAGAGGGGUUUGCAUCAUGAGUGGCACUGGCACCGUCACUAAUGUGACUUUGAGGCAACCGGCUACUUCCGGUGCUGUUGUUACUCUUCAUGGAAGGUUCGAGAUCUUGUCCCUUUCUGGAUCAUUCCUUCCUCCACCGGCUCCACCGGCUACUUCCGGUUUGACUAUAUAUUUAGCUGGUGGUCAAGGACAGGUGGUAGGUGGAAGUGUUGUUGGCACACUUGUUGCUUCAGGGUCUGUGGUUAUCAUGGCUUCUUCAUUCAGCAACGCUGCUUAUGAGAGGUUACCUUUGGAAGAUGAGGACCCUUCGCAGCUUCCACCUCAUGGUGGUUCAAUUGGAUCUCCUAGUGGAAGUGGUGUUGGUCAUCAUCAUCAGCAUCAGCAAUCACAGCUUUUAGGGGAUGCAACUGCUCCUCUUUUUCAUGGUUUGCCUCCUAAUCUUCUCAAUUCUAUUGAGAUGCCUUCCAAUGCACACUGGCCAAAUAACCUUCCAUACAUGGGAUGA